AUGCGCAGUAGCAUUUUGGCCACGGCCUACAUUUUAUCUUUAGCAGUAUCCAUUGUCAAUGGUUGCGCCGAGGUCUCUGGAAAUUGGUUCUGUAAUCCCGUGGAUGCUAUCUUGUACAGCAAUGUCGGCGCACCAGGAACUUACAAUCAAGUUACCGAUAUGUCCUCGGAUGGAAUUUGUUCUUCUACACCCAAGCCGUUUUCUGGUCCGCUUUCUCCAUUAGACGAAGAAGUUUCAUUUCACUUUCGGGGGCCUCUUCAGUUGAAGCAGUUCGCAGCAUAUGCACCGGGCGCUACUGCUAGCAAGGAGAAACGUGAGGGGUCGACCGCUAGACGUCGUCGCCAUCUUCAGCAUAUUGAUAAACAUGCUAGGGGAGGCAAUCAGAAGCGCGAUAAAAUUUAUGCGACGAUCGAUGGACAACUUGUCUCGUGGGAUAAUAACUUUCCCACCCCGGGUCUUGAUGCUUUUCACGGUGAUGCGAAUACCGUUACUGCUACAAUAGAUGGUGAGAUACGAACAUGGAUCAACAAUUGGUUCGGAUCAAGCACCACGACAAUGGUAGCCCAAGCAUCUACUACCGUAUCUCAAAGUGCAUCUCAAGGGGCAUCUACAAGCGAAAAGACUCAGGAGACUUCUACCUCGAUCACACCAUCUGCCAGCACAGCGUUGUCUCAGUCCCGGGCAUCUACACAGGGAUCUGCUUCUCAACCCCAAGUUUCCAAAAAUCCAUCUGCCUCCGAGCCUCAAGUAUCCACAACCCCAUCUGCCUCGGAGUCUCAAGUAUCUGCAAGCACAACCAGCUCAGCUACAGCUAUAGCAUUUGGAUCCUACAACAGAAUAGGUUAUUACAGUUCUACAGAGCAGACUCUUGAUAACCUAGUAUUUCUUGGGAAUUAUGGUGGUCAAGGCUCAGGCGUAUUCGAUGAGGUUUAUGGCGCCUCACUUUCUUUCGUGAAUAGCAGUGGCACAGGCGGUGCAUCAUCACCUCAGAUCCUCUCUGAUGCCACCUUACCAUCGAAUGAAGAGAUCAUUGUGAUGCUUGACGAAGAAUGCAAUAACGAUUGCGGCUAUGUGCGUCCUGGAUCUGUUGCUUACCAUGGCUUCAAUGGAGCGAACAAAGUUUUCCUCUUAGAAUUUAGCAUGCCGAUAGAUGGAAGAACCGGAUUCAAUGGCGAUAUGCCCUCGGUUUGGAUCCUCAACGCUCAGAUUCCUCGAACAAUUCAAUAUGGGAAUCCAAGUUGUUCAUGUUGGGAGUCUGGUUGCGGUGAAUUUGAUAUUGCAGAAGCACUGAACAGUGGUUCGACAUUCCUGAAGUCCACACUUCACACUAACAAACCAGGAGGAGAUUCGGACUAUUUUGUACGGCCGACUUCCAGCACAAUGAAACUUGCCGUUGUAUUCAAUUCUGCCACUUCAACUAUACAUAUUCAGGUUCUACCUACGAGCUACGACUUCCCAACAAGUUUGACAACAGAUCAAAUUCAGAGCAUCUGUGGCACGAGUACUGGAAGUCAACUCUCUGAAUUCGCCAUCUCGUAA